CCUCUUCCAUGACCAGCAGCUACCGUGACCACUCACCUGUCUCCCGGGCCAGUGCAGCCUCCAGCAAUGGCAGUGAGGCCGAAGAGACUAUGCAAGUAGGAGGACGAACAGAAGAAGAAGAAGAAGCAGUAGCUCCAGCUAGCCCCAUAGCUGCCAUGACACCAGAGGAGCGUCUUGCAACCAAGAAGAAGAGGUUGCGUCCGUCAGCAGCUACUAGAACUGUGGCGGCUGUGGAUCAGCUCAAGGCUUGCUCAGCAGAGCACAUGACAGCACCGGUGGAGCAGGGGCAGCGAGCCUCUGAGGAAAGGGAGAGGGGCAGACAGUUCCGCAGGGAGAUCAUGGAAAGGGCACUGGAAUUUCAAGAGAGGGCCGUUCAGAACCAGGAGAGAUCAAUAGACAGGUCAGACCAGGUGCAGAGGCGACUCAACACCACCUUGGAAGCACAGACUGUUCUGAUGGGGCAAAUGGUGGAGAUCAUGAGGGGAGGGCAGGGUGGCACAAGACGCAGAAGGGUACGUAGGGAGCAAAGUGGAAGAGGCAGGGCUGUCCCCAGGGUCGUGGAGGAAGGGGUUGGGCAGCAGGAGCCCCCAGCAAGAGCAAUCCUUCCAGCUGAGGAGCAGGGAGUUGCAAUGGAGGUGGAACUGUCUCAGCAGCCUCUUGCUGGGCCAUCUUCCAGCCUCUUCAGUGACACAGUGGCAGUCCCACCGCCCACAACUCGCCUCCAAAGGCAAAGGGCAACUAGAGGGGGCCUGGGAUCAAGGGGCAGGGAGCACUGACAAGGC